AUGAGAACUGCGCCAGCUGCGCCAGUUCCGCCUCCAAGUGCGCCAAUUCAGCCUCCAGCUGCUCCUGAGGCUCCAGCUGCGCCAUUUCUGCCUCCAAUUGCGCCAGUUCCGCCUCCAGCUGCUCCAGCUGCGCCAGUUCCGCCUCCAGCUGCGCCUGUUCUGCCUCGAGCUACGCCAGUUCAGCCUCUAGCUGCUCAUGAGGCUCCAGCUUCGCCAGUUCCACCUCCAGCUGCGCCAGUUCCGCCUCCAGCUGCGCCAGUUCAGCAUCUAGCUGUACCUGAGGCUCCUCCACAUAAUCCACUGGAAGUCGCUCGGGCUAAUUUGAGGAUGAGGAUUGCAGCAAAAGCAGCAGCAAGGAAGAAGAAACUUUCGGCUCCUUUUGAGACACCAGAGGCUCGUGCCGCAAGAUUCAAGUACCAUGGCUCCACCUCACCAGUGUUCAUUGUUCCUAAGUAA